CGACUGAGUCAACUUUUGUGCUCCGCCGCAGAACGCUUUGGCGUGUUGAACCUAGCUCGAGGCUUCUCUCACCACCCCCAAUCAUUCCCCAGCCCCGCGAUUGCGCCCAUUGCGACUUCUUCACUUGCCCCGCCACGAUCCCGCCCCGCGCAUAGCGACAGCGCACGCCCGCCAUGCCGACCAUUACCGUGGACAAAGCGGCCCUCUUCAAAGAACUAGAGAGAGAAUAUACCACAGAGGAGUUUGACGAGCUAUGCUUCGAGUUCGGAAUCGAGCUGGACGAGGACACGAGCCAGAGCACAAAGCCUGAGGACCAGGCGCAGCCACCGCAGCUCAAGAUCGAGAUACCCGCCAACCGAUAUGACAUGCUGUGCUUCGAGGGCAUAGCGCUGAACCUGAGGGUUUUCUUGGAGAAGCAACAGCUGCCCAAGUGGGCGCUUUCUCCGGCCCAGUCUGGCGAGCUCGAAACACUCACAGUGAAGGAGGAGACCACGCAGAUUCGGCCCCUGGUCUCCGGCGUUGUGUUACGGAACAUCAAGUUCACCCAAGAGCGCUAUGACUCGUUCAUCGGAUUGCAGGACAAGCUCCACCAGAAUCUUGCGCGGCAGAGGACGUUGGUGUCCAUUGGAACACACGAUCUCGACACUAUCAAGGGCCCCUUCACAUACGAAGCUCUCAAGCCGGAAGAGAUCAAGUUCGUUCCUUUGAACCAGACUAAGGAGCUCAACGGAAAGGAGCUCAUGGAGUUCUACGAUAAAGACAAGCAUCUUGGCCGCUACCUGCACAUCAUCCGCGACUCGCCAGUCUACCCCGUGAUUUACGACUCCAACCGCACCGUCCUCUCGCUCCCGCCCAUCAUAAACGGGGACCACAGCAAGAUCACGCUCGACACGAAGAAUGUGCUCAUCGAAAUCACUGCGUUGGACAAGACCAAGGUGGAGAUUGUCAACCACAUACUCGUCGCCAUGUUCGCUGGCUACGCAGAGUCAAUAGAGCCGCUCAAGAUUGUCUCGCCGCACAACAACGAGUCAAGAGAGUCGCCAGACCUGGCACCGCGAAUGUUCCCCGCUGAGGUCGACUACCUGAACCAGGUCACCGGACUUGAUCUUGCACCGGAGGAGAUUGCAAAACUUCUCGCGAAGAUGGGCUACGACGUAAAGAGGUCAAGCUCCGACAAGAACAUCCUGGACGUCGCUGUGCCCAUUACCAGGGCAGAUGUGCUGCACCAAGCCGACAUCAUGGAGGACUAUGCCAUCGCAUACGGCUUCAACAAGCUCCCCCGCUUCUACCCCAACAAGUCCUCCGCCGUCGCAGCGCCCCUCCCCAUCAACAAGCUCGCCGACAUCGUGCGCCUGGAAUCUGCAUCAGCAGGCUGGACAGAAGUCCUGCCGCUCAUUCUGUGUUCACACGAAGAGAACUUCGAGUGGCUCAACCGCAAAGACGACGGCACCACCGCUAUCAAGCUCGCCAACCCCAAGACGGCAGAAUAUCAGCUCGUCCGCACGUCGUUGCUUCCGGGUCUCCUCAAGACGAUCAACUCCAACAGGCAUCACGCAGUACCUAUCAAGGUCUUCGAAGUCAGCGAUGUCGGCUUCAAGGACGAGUCGCAGGAGCGAAAGACCAGAAAUGAGAGACAUUUCGGUGCGGCAAUCAUGGGGAAGACGAGUGGGUUCGAGCAGGUACAUGGACUGCUGGAUCGGUUGAUGCUGAUGCUGAGGUCCGUUUUCAUCACGAGAGAAGACGGGUUGAAGAAUGCUCAGCUGGGUGGGUAUUGGAUUGAGGAGGUUGAUGAUCCAACGUUCCUCAAGGGUCAUUCCGCUGCUAUCAAGCUCAACAUCGAUGGGCAAAACCACACCAUUGGUGUUUUCGGCAUUCUACAUCCUUCCGUCCUGAAGGCCUUUGAUCUGCCGUACCCCGUCAGUACCAUUGAGUUCAACCUCGAGGUCUUUAUGUAGAUGGUGUUGGAAAGCUGAGCGCACACAUGCAAUUGAGCGUCGUGCACGUACGAUAGAGAUACCUCGUCCGCCUGCGGAUCAAAAUGAAACUUCGCCGACAGCAUCAAAAUCACUCAUUUCAGCUUACGCGUCAGUGUAGCCGUAUGAUGUAGCUUGAGACAAUUCAGGCAAUUAUACAUUUCCGAACCAUAGCUAACAGAGCAUCGGAGGUCUCCAUGUUUACAGCAGCCUUGACUAUCGGCCGACAUUUCAUUUAAAUACUACUGAUGCAAUUGUCUGUGAACGCUCUCGUACACAGAGCGGUGAAAGAAAUAAAAAUUGACCGCC